AUGGCAAUUCCAGAGAAGGCAGUGAUCACAUUAGAUGCCAUGAAGAUGUUAGAUCCGUGUCGGUUAAAACCUCAUAGCAUGGAGAUGGAAAGAAUCGUAACCGUCUUGGAUGAGACGAUUGCCAAGCUGGAGAUGAGCAGUUUGAUCCCACGUAUUAUUGGCUCUCUGGAUAGGUUUGCUGAUAUGCUGGGACCUGAGAUCACAAACAGCCUGAUCGAGCACCAAAAGCUUUCAAAGGAAAUGGAGCACCUGCUUGCCAGCUCUGGAGAAGAGGAUGCCAUGAGAGCUGAGGAACAACGGGGCCGUCUCUGCUUGCUAGAGCAACGUCUGAAAUGUUCUGUCAGAAAUGUCCUGAGACUCUUACUGGCCAACCCUUCACUUUGCCAGGCUCUGAAGUAUGAAGCAUGGGCGAGAGAGUCACCAGCUGAAGCGUUUAUCAAAGCCUUUGGGGAGUUCAGGAAUUUCAUGCUUGAGAGACUCCUGACUAGUCCCAUGGAGGAGGAAGAAAAGAUUCAGUUCAUGGAGGAAAUCUCCCUCCAGGUUAAGAAAAACACUGAAGCAAUCACAGCUUUACAGGCAGAACUGGCAGCAGCAAUCCGGACUCGAGAGGAGGAGAUUGACAAGAAGGACAAUGUGAUCAAAGCCCUCAAAACCAGCAUGCAAGAUCUGGCCAAAGACUGCAAGGCUGGCAUCCAGCAGAUCAAGCAGGAAGGAGAAAAACAGCAAAAAGAGGAGCUGCAAGGCUCACAGGCCAGGUGUGCCAGGCUACAGCAGGACAUUCAACAGCUAGGAGCACAACUCGAUGCACUUGUACUGGAGCAUCGAGCAUCAGAGCUGGCUCUCAGAACGAGGAACUGCAGAUUGGAGAGGGAAAUUGUGAACUGGAUCCAGAAAUAUGACACAGACAUGGGAGAAAAACAGGCUGAGUAUGAGGAGGUUCAUGCUGCCUAUGUCGAGGAGAAGGCCCAGCUGUCCCUGCUGACCGAGAAACACGCUGUGCUUCUCCAGGAGUAUUCCCAGAUUGAGGAGGAGCGCAGGACACAUCAGAUGCAGAAGGAGCAGGCUUUGAAGGAGCUGAACGCCAUGACUCUUGCUGCCACCCGCAUCCAGGCCUUCUGGAGAGGCUACUUAGUGCGGUCCCUCUUCAAGUCAAAAAGGAAGAAGAAGAAGAAGGGCAAGGGCAAGAAGGCCAAGAAAUAA